AUGGCAACUGUGGUCAAUGGACGAUUUCCAGAAGCAGAAGUGAUUGUAACUUUUGGGGACGGCUGGUCGUAUUCCAAGACGAAGAUGGAGCUAUUUCGGGCAGCUGGUGGCUUUGACAAACUGAAAGAGAAUCAGCCAGCAAAAGCAGCGGCUCCAAGCGUUGUGCCCAAGAAGGAAGACGUGAAGAAGCUGAUGGCUGAGAUGGAGAUUCCAAAAAGCCUGGCAGAGUCGACGCUGGUCGCGGCCAACGGCGACCUAAAGCGGGCAUACGAGCUGCUAAUCUACGGUGAUUCAUGA